ACCAAUGAGAGUGCAGCAUGUAGCUCCCACUCACUGGCAUCAGAAACACGAGAUAUCUUUAGUCUUGAGCUACACAAUUUCAUACAAAUAACAGCAUUGGCUAGACAGAAUCUGCGUUCUGCCAAAACGCACAUUGGUAGAUAGGUAGUGGUAAAACAGGAAGGGAAGAGAGUGCAGCUGAUCUCUCAUACAUCAGGCUCAAGGUUUAUCACCAUGAAGACCAGAUUAGGCUGUCUCUCCAAAAAAUCAGACUCCUACAGUGACUUCUCGGAGUUCCUGCCUCCUGCUCAUGAGACCACAGCAAGAUGUCUGAAACUAUCAACAGACGAAGUUGUUCGAUGGUCUGAGUCAUUUGAUCACCUUCUUGCUCACAAGUAUGGGCUUGCUGCAUUUCGAACAUUCCUCAAGUCUGAAUUCAGCGAUGAAAACAUCGAAUUUUGGAUGGCCUGUGAGGAGUACAAAAAAAUCAAGAGCUCAACCAAACUUGUGUCAAAAGCAAACAAGAUAUUCAAGGAAUUCAUUGAGGUUCAGUCACCAAGAGAGGUGAACAUUGACUACAGGACAAGAGAGAAGACCAAACAGAGCCUGUCAGAUCCCACUCCAGCCAGUCUCAAUGAAGUCCAGGGUAAAAUCUACAGCCUCAUGGAGAAAGACUCUUACCCACGAUUCCUCAGGUCCAAAAUGUACCAGGAUAUUGUCAACAGGGCACAUGCGCAAGGUCAGCGGAGGUCUGUUUGACCAAUACUGCAGACCACAGUGGACCAAAACCAGGACCUAUAUGGUAUAUCAUUCUUUGUCCCUUUGACACCAUAUCAAUACUGUGAAUAAGCAAGAAUGAAAUGACCUGCUUGACUGUUUUCUGUACACCUGUUCCAAGCAUGCAAUCCCCAUAGAAAGAUCAUAUCUCUUUGAAUUGCAUCAUAUAGUGAGGAGACUCCUGAGGGACAUGUCGGGAAAACUCAUAUCCUAAAGUAAAUCUGCAUCAUUCAACAAACGUAUUUAUUGCUGUAUAGGUCAUUUUAAAAAUUGUCACAGUGAUAUAAAA